CGUGCACCGCGUCUCAUUGACUACUGACUACUACACCGAUGUCGAUUCAGCGUCUUGUUUUGCAUACACCAGCAUCGCUCAAAUGGACUGUAGUACAAGAAAAGAAUGUCAGUAAAGACUACCCAUUCCAAGACCACGAUCCAGAAGACCCAGUACUCUUCGUCCAGCGCACCUACCUUCACUUUCUAUGGUUGCCUCACUCAAUAAUGCCGCUUUCUCUCUUCGUUCCUUCUCUUCUCCGCAUUCGAGCAGCUCCGGACACUACAGAAGACCAGCCACAUCCUCUUCACGCCUUUAUCGAGCCCCUCCUCUUUUCCCUUCGCGCGGCCGCCAACAAAUACCACAACGAGCUCCCCCAGAUCCUUGCUGACGGCGGCGGCGCAGGUGAAGCAGAGGAAAGUAUGAUGUGGUACGCUCUGGGGUACGAAAAGACGGAUGCCAGCGCGGAGCGCAACGAACACCUCAACCGAGAAGACACGAUGAUGCUAGAAGAUAAAUGGAGAUCUGGCUGGCUCGAACGUAUGGAACACCGUGAAGUCCAGAUCCAGAUUCUGCUAUAUUUCCUUAAACUCUCUCUUCCUGGGCCGUGCACCCCGUUACCGCCUGUCGAAGUGCCACCCACCGAUAACUUUUCCUUCAUCUCACCCGUCAAACCAACUCACUCGCGGAAGAGGAAGAAAGAGAAACCCAAAUUGAUCACCCCUUCCCCCGUCGAGCGUCUCGAGUCCUUCAUGGACAAACUCUCCAUGUGGCAGCUCGUAUCCCUCAUGGAUACAUCUCGCACCGAAACUGCGCAUGGAACUCACAACAAGAACGAACGUGACUGGAUGCAAAAGUUCUGCGAAGACAUAGUGGAACCUCUGUUCAAAUCAAAGCUCCCAGAGCAAUGCGCCCUUCUCCGCUCUAAACUCUUCCCAAACUCUCCUUUCUCAGAUGACCUCCCCUCACCCGGACCCUCCACAGAGAAAUCCCUCCCCGGUUCUCGCCCCAACCGUUCAUCGUCUACUACCGCCACGAAACUGCAAAGUACAGCAACGACAAACGCCCCCACGCGCAAUCGCUCCCUCUCUGUGUCCCUCGCCCAGGAAAAAGAAAAGGAACGCGCAGCAAGCGUAGGCGCGACGCAGGACAAAACACUCCAACGUGCGCUCACUCGGCAAAUCAGUAUGUCCCGUGCAUGGAAGGGGAAAGAUCGGUCGACGACUACGGUUUCGCAGAAAGACACAAAGGCGCCUACUGUAAUUGCUAAGCGCACAGAUUCCCAGUCCCAGUCCUCCCAAUCUCGUGCAGCGCCAGCAAUCACCCUUGUAGCCGCAACGCCCGUAAAGAAGCCCCCUCCCCGCGCCAAAUCAAAUACAUCAGCUCGGAGCUCAAGUCCGCACCCCGCUGGGAGAAGUUCGAGCGUACAUACUCCAGGGAGGAGUUCAAGUCCAUAUCUCACUGGGAGAUCUUCGAGCCCUCCGACGGCUCGCAGCUCGAGCCUUACACCACUCGAUAUUGAUGAUGACGAGCUUCCUCCCAUGUCUGUGCACCACUCCCCUGAUGCCCUGGGCAAUGCGAGGGACGAAGAUGGUGAUGUGGAGGAGGACGAGGAGAUAUGGCUGCCAAAGUCUUCACCCGAUGUGCUGCUGCUUGACAAGAACGGGUGGACCGUGGGGGGCAAGAAACGCCUCCCGUCAGUCACAUCCGAGGUAUCGGCUUCAGAUACGCCUGUCAGGAAGCGCAUGAGGCUUGGGAGGUAGGAACACUAUUGUGUACUGCGAGAUGUGAGGUGCGUGGCAGAUAGCGUUGUUUGUCUAAGUGUGUCAUCACUUGUGGACCGCAGCUAUAGUAGCCUCGGGGCGUGCAGUUAGAUUAUAGUAAAGAUCAUGCAAUGCAAGUAGCAAAUAUACACUCGCUGCAGUAGAAUAGAGCAGAAGAAGUACAAGUAAAGGCUGUAGAUUGAGAAAUGGCGAACAGGAUGCGUAGAUCUGUUGUAGUGUACAUUUGUUAGUGUAUGUAUCAAAAGCGCAACCCAUGAAGAAAUUAUGAUGAAGACAAGCUAGCCUGCGGUUCCCGACACUUGUGCUAUGAUGUACCGUGUGCAAGACAACUUAAAUCGAACUGCGAGGCACGAUUGGCUAUCACCAGCGUGUUGCCUGGGGC